AUGUCAGACUUCGAAGAUGAAAUGGACUUGGAUGCGCUGCCGUCCAAGAAUACUGCUCAGUUCAGCUCCAAUAACACCAAUGCAAGAGGAAAACGAAUAGCUGCAGACCUGCCCGUUGAAGCAGAGGAUAACAUGCCAUGGGUCGAAAAGUACCGCCCAAAUAGCUUAGAAGACGUCUCCGGACACCACGACGUCAUUGGUACUAUUAACACGUUCAUAGAUUCAAACAGACUACCUCAUCUACUUCUGUAUGGUCCUCCAGGGACUGGGAAAACAUCAACCAUACUUGCUUUGGCGCGGCGGAUAUACGGAGCGAAGAAUAUGCGACAGAUGGUUCUCGAGCUAAAUGCUAGUGACGACAGAGGCAUAGACGUUGUUAGAGACCAGAUCAAAACUUUUGCCAGCACCAAACAAAUAUUCUCGGUGGCUCCAGUUGCCAAAUCAGAGUCAUCCCUUGGGGCUUUCAAGCUAAUCAUCCUCGACGAGGCAGACGCCAUGACCGCUACUGCGCAGAUGGCACUCCGUCGUAUUAUGGAAAAGUACACCGCGAACGCUCGAUUCUGUAUCAUCGCAAACUAUACCCAUAAACUCUCACCAGCCCUACUGUCACGAUGCACACGAUUUAGGUUUAGUCCACUAAAGGAAAAGGACAUCCGGGCACUGGUUAACCAAGUUAUCGAGAAGGAGCAGGUGCGCAUACAACCAGAGGCAAUUGACAGCCUUGUUGAGUUGAGCAAGGGAGACAUGCGAAGGGCGUUGAACGUGCUCCAGGCAUGCCAUGCGAGCAGUAUACCGCUCCCGAUUAAAAACGCCCCGAAAGAUCAGCCAACUGCGGAACACGAAACCGUCUCACAGGAGACGAUCUACACCUGCAUCGCAGCGCCACAUCCGGCUGAUAUUAAAACGAUCAUCACUGCGCUUCUCACAACCAGCGACGUGACAUCAUGCUUAAACACAAUUCAAUCAUUGAAAUCCAACAAGGGCCUAGCGUUAGCGGACAUCCUAACGGCUCUAUCGGCCGAGUUGCAACGGAUUGAGGUCCCUGCAGCAGCACGGGUAGUUUGGAUGGAAGGGCUUGCAGAUAUCGAGUGGCGGCUAGCCAGUGGGGGAGGGGAAAUGGUGCAGACGGGUGGGUUGGUAGGGGUUGUGAGGGGAGGAUGUGAGUUAGCAGGGAAACUGGGGUCGCGGAGAGUUACAGUGCCCAUGGAAUUAUGA